UGUGUGUGCGGGUGUGGGUGUGUGUGCCUGUAGGUGGGACAUGAUGGUGUUCUUCAUGUGUCAUUGUCUGGCGUGGUUCAUCGCUGACUAUGUCCAACUCACCGGAGUUCAGGGCGGGCCGCCGAACUUCUCCAAGCUGGACUUUGCGGUGGCGUGGUUCAUCCGCGAGUCCAUGGCGGUGCAGAUCUUCCUUUCGGCGCUUUGGGAUCCCACCAUCAGCUGGCGGACCGGCCGGUACCGGCUCCGAUGCGGCGGCACUGCCGAGGAGAUCCUGGACGUUUAGCCGGCGUCGCAGAGACUCGUGUGUAUUUUUUUAUGACUAUUUAUGUUCAUUUUGGUGCUAACGUUAAUGAAGAAGCAGCGGGAUGACAGCGGAGCCCUGCGGCACUCCCGGUUUCCAUGGAAACACUCUAGCGUUAAGGUGAUGCGAGACGACGCCACCAAAGCGUUCCAAUCAGGAGGUGGCGCUAUCAGCUAUCUUUUUGUU